UAAACGAAUGCGGCUAUUAAACAUCGAUAAACUGAAACAACAACAGAAAGGCGUCCGUGGUGUUCGGUUCGCGAGUCGCGCAUCCGCAUCAGCUUUUUUUUCCAAAAUUAAUUAAUUAAAUUAAUGCAAAAUGCGGCAGCUGAAAAAUUGCGUUAAAAGAAAGCUGCGCUAUAGCCUGGCCACCAAUUGAAUUGUUAAAUAUGAUCAACAAACUAGCAGUCAAUUUUUAAGUUGUACUUGUGUGUGUGUGUGUGUGUGUGUGUUUCUGUCUGUGUUUUGGUGCGUGCAUAUGUGUGCGUUUAUGCCUGCGUGUAAGUGAAAUAAAAGCAAUUGUAAAUGAGUGCGCAAAGAAGUUGUGAAGUGGCGGCAGCGACAGCCAAGCCCAAAACUUCAGUCAAGCAUUACGAGAGAGAAGAACGCUACAAAUAUUAAAACAAAGUGCAAAUGACGAGAGCGCCAAACACAUUGGCAAAUUAAAUACAAGUCAAAAAAGAAAUAAGCAACGGUCAGCAGUUCCAGGUGUUCAGCAAAUUGCAGCAGCAACAACAACAAAAACAGCAGCAACACACACUCACACCCGCACAGGGAGCGGCAGCAGCCACAGCAGUGGGCGACAACGUCAGCGUCGCGCAAUGACCGAGGAAUUGAAAGUGGUGCUGCGCCGCAGUCGCAGUGAGCAGCAUUCCGGUUUCGGGUUUUCGUUGCUCGGCACAACUGGACCGCCGCAUGUCAUCUACGACAUUGUUGAGAAUUCGCCGGCCGCCGAUUGUGGUGCGGUAGAAGCGGGUGAUGUUAUAUUGAAGGUCAAUGGCAUCGAUGUGCAUCGUCACACCACAAAAGAAGUGCUUAAAUGUUUGCGCCUAUCGGAGAACUUAGUAACCUUGGAACUGAAACGAGAUCCCAAGCUCAAGGCGCGCAUUAAAGAACAGUUGGCUAAUACGCAGAGUCCGCAUUACGUGGACAUUGAAUCUCCCGUCAAUAUCUACGAUUACAGUAGCAGCCCGAACGCUGCCUCUCCCAAGCAUCAGCGCCAGCAUCAGAAGGGCGGAACCACGCCCACCAAUUCUGGUUCGCCAGCGUUGCGUUAUAAGUCGCCUACGCAUUUGCCAUCGCUACGUCAGAAUUCGCCAACUACAACAGCGAUAACGUCAAUUGCCGCAGCGUCCACUACAACCUCAAUUCACACGCACAGCCGCAACUCUUCCGCCAGCUCGACCAAGAUUCAAAUGGUGGAAUCCACCACAAUUACGACGAGCAUUAGCAACAGUAACAUUGCCACAUCACCCACUGCAGCUGUCAGCGGCGCUACCUCGCCCACAUUUCGCCCUUCACGCAUUCCACAGGCUCUGAAAGCCGCCGCCCAAAAGCCAGUGCCACAAGUGCAGUCGCCGCAGCAUAAGCGACCACGUCCCUCCCAAAUACCAACGAAAGCAGCUAACGGCAACGGCUUGCAGCCGCUACAGCACUCGAACAGUUACAGCGGGAGUCCAGCCGUUUCCCGGCAACGCCACACGGAACGCGAGCCAGAGCCGGAACCGAAUUCGGCACCGCCGCAGCCGGCAAAGGCGCCACGCUUUGAGGCUUAUAUGAUGACCGGUGAUUUAAUAUUGAAUCUAUCAAGAACUCCCCAAUCCAGCAAUUUGCUAACGGCUCAAGCCAAGAAGGUGGACAGUCUGCGGGAUUUUCCGAAACGCAAUCUGGCGAAUGCACGUGCCAAUGGCGCCUUAGCACCGCGUGCCUCCGGCGAGUCUUCGCCCACAUCUUCUUCAUCGGUGGAUUCGCCAACUAAUACGGCUAGCUCGGAUUCCAUUAAGCGCGAGGCUAGGCUUCAGCGGGGCCAGCAGCAACAGCAGCAGCAACAACAACAACAACAACAGCAGCAGCAGCAACGCGACAGCAUCAACAACAGCUACAAUCGUCGCGAUUCGCUGACCAACGACACUUUGUUAAUGUGCGAGGAACUGGAGUGCGAUGAGGAUGCCACUACGGACUAUGGGGACAAUAAACGCCAGCAGCAACGUCAGCAGCAGCAGCCACAACAACAGCGCUAUCGACAGCAGCAGCAACAGCAACAACAACAACAACAGCGCUAUGAGUACUACCAAAACGAAGAUGAGCUGGAGGCGGAUCAGGAUGAACGCGAAGAAGAUCAAACACAUUACGACAUUACAAACAUCGAAACGUACCAGAGUGGUUUGGGUCGCGGUGACGAGGACGACAGCGAUCGCCAGUGUUUGGUUGAUGAAGAUGAUGAUGAUGAUUAUGAUGAGGAGGAUAACGAUGCCGGCGAUGAGGAAUACUCUACAAAUUCACUAGGCUCCGGUUCCGGUUCAACCAAGCAGCGUAUGCGUAUGCUCAAACAGCGUAGCGUGAUGCGGCAACAACAGCAACAGCGUAAUCGCGAUGCCGUUGAUUGUGCUGCACGUGUGACCGCCGGCUAUUCCGCAUCCACAUCCAACUCAUCUGGCACGGUUAAAAGCGAGGCGGUUUUGGGCCUGGGUCAGGAUGAGACCUCCUUCUCAGUACCAACAUCGCCAAUUUCGCUGUCGGCGCCUCUAAUUGAUAAGGAGACGGCCAGCUCGGUGCCCACCAGCCCGGAGCCCAGCUCCCUGGCGGCCGAGUCGAAUAAUGCUGCCGCUGGCGUUGGGGCCGUUGUGGUGCGUCGCCACAAUGGUCACGUGGUGCGCAAGUGUGACGCUGCAGGCUUUCGCACCAGCAAGUCUGAGGAUCAUCUGCAGCAGGUACAGCGCGAGGGCAUUGCGGCUGUGAUACCAAUCGAUAUUGAUGAGGAUGUGAAUAGCUCAUUAAAUACGCUGCUGGAUACGCGUCACGAUUCAGAAGAUUCGCAGUCAACGACAACAUCAACAACUGCAUCAACGAUUAAGAACAACUCGUCGGCGCUGAACAACAACGAAAGUGAGCCGUGCAACAACAAUAACAAUAACAAUGAGAGCAACGAAUUGUCACCAACACCGACAACAACAACAACAACAACAACAGCUACAACAAGCAGCGGCUGCAGCAACAAAUUAAACUAUAUUUUGCUCAAAAAGGCAUCGAAUCGCGACCGCAUCGUUUGGACUUACAAUGCGCCACUGCAGCCGCAUCAGUUGCAGCAGUUGCAGCAGCAACAACAACAGCAGCAGCAACAACAACAACAGCAGCAGCAGCAGCAAUACUACGGUCAGCAAUCGCAUUCAAAUUCACAUUCAAGCUCCAUUAGCUCAUCGCCACAGCAUUCGGCAGCCGGCAGUCCGGCCUCGCCCACGUCGGUGUCCUCGUCCGUUAUGUCCUCGUCAGGCUCGAAAAGCGCACAACAGCAGCUACAGCAAAAUCAGCUACAGCAACAGCAGCAGCGGGAACAGCCAUCUGUUUUUGUGCCGGGUCUGUUGGGCUGCCCUCAUGGUGGUGGUGCUAAUGGUGCUAAUGGUGGUGGUGGUUUUGGCAACGAUCAGAGCGUCUCAGAGGCCAUUUCAAAUAUCUCUAGUCCCGACUAUCAAGACGACGAUAACUUAUUAAGUUCUCGCGAUAUUUUAGGCGGCAUGGUACUUAGCGAUCCCAGCGACUCGGACUCCACCAUACUCGUCUCGGACGCGGCAGCCCAGCAGCGUCAGCAACAGCAGCAGCUGAAGCAACAGUUGCGCGCCCAGCAACAGCAGCGGGAACGUGAACGUGAUCCGUCCGAGCACAAGCUGGUCAUUCAGGUGCGCGGCAUGGAUAAUAGCAACACCAGCAGCGCAACACGUUCUGAAGAGGAUGGCACCACACUAACAGAGGAGCCGCUUACAGCGAUUGGGGCGCGUGAUGGCUCGCCGCCCGUUUCGGAUGAUGGCAGCGAUGUCGAGUCACUGCACUCGUAUCACUACUCGCCCAAAGCCGUGGACAUGCCCUCGGCCAUACGCCUGGCCAAAAGACUGUAUGGUCUCGAUGGUUUCAAGAAGAGCGACGUGUCGCGGCAUCUUAGCAAAAACAACGACUUUAGCCGCGCUGUAGCUGAUGAGUAUUUGAAGCAUUUCAAUUUUGAAAAGAAAUCUUUGGAUCUGGCGCUGCGUGAAUUUCUGCAACAAUUCUCGCUGUCUGGCGAGACCCAGGAGCGUGAACGCGUGCUGGUACAUUUCUCGAAACGUUUCCUGGACUGCAAUCCCGGCACAUUUAACUCACAGGAUGCAGUGCACACUCUGACAUGCGCCAUUAUGCUGCUCAACACAGAUCUGCAUGGGCAAAACAUGAAUCGCAAGAUGAGCUGUGCCGAAUUCGUUGACAAUUUGGCCGAUCUCAACGAUGGCGAAAACUUUCCAAAGGAUGUGCUCAAGUAUUUGUAUCAGGCCAUCAAAACCAAACCACUGGAAUGGGCUCUCGAUGAUGAGACCGGGGAGCAGCAGCAACAGCAGCGCACCAAUAACAGUACCGCACUGACUGGCGUCAGUCAGAAUCCUUUCCUGGAUGCACCUGAAUCGGCCACGGCGGUGGAGUACAAAAAGGGCUAUGUGAUGCGCAAAUGCUGCUACGAUACUAGUUUCAAGAAGACACCGUUUGGCAAACGCUCUUGGAAAAUGUUUUUUAUAACGCUGCGCGAUCUUGUUUUAUAUCUGCACAAGGACGAGCACGGCUUUCGCAAAAGCCAAAUGUCCGACAAUUUGCAUAAUGCGAUACGCAUACAUCACGCACUGGCCACCAUGGCCAACGACUACACUAAAAAGCAACAUGUGUUCCGGCUGCAAACAGCCGAUCAGGCCGAGUAUCUGUUUCAGACCAGCGACUCAAAGGAGCUGCACUCCUGGGUAGAGACCAUUAACUAUGUGUGCGCAGCGUUUUCGGCGCCGCCUCUAGAAGGCGGCGUGGGUAGUCAAAAGCGUUUCCAGCGUCCGCUGUUGCCCAGUGCACAAACAAAACUGUUGAUGAAGGAACAGCUUGACUCGCAUGAGUUACAAGUGACCCAAUUAAAGCAUGAACUGAAGGAGCAUCAAAAGGCGCCCGUGCCCAGCAAAGGUUUACCGCUUCAGAACCACAAGGAGAAGGAGGCGUACUUGCAAUAUGAGCUCCGUCGCUACGAGGCUUAUGUUAACAUUUUAACCGCCAAACUGCUCACCGAUCAGCAGCCAUUGGAGCUGCAAUGUCAGCAGGCAGCAGCGCCAACGCUUGAGGAGGACGCGGACACAUUCCCUGUGGGCACAGGCAGCAUGCCAACAACGCCGCAAAGUAUUAAUACUCAACAGCAGCCGCAGCAGUCAACCAACAGCAGCAUAUUCCCUGUUCUGUUGCGUUAUGUUUCAUAUCAAGCAAGCAAAAUGGCAAAAACCAAAAAGAAGAAUUCUUAAAUUUUUACAGAUGGUUCGAUGGCACCUGCUGUUGUCUGGCGCCCUGGCGGCAAUUGCUCUCCUAUUUCAAAAGCUAAAUAUAAGAAUGCAAUUUUUGUCACAUUUUUUGAUUAGCGAAGAACAACAACAAAACCCACAGCAGCAAUCACAAGCAACAAUUGCACAUUGGAGCCAACAACAACAAGAACAACAAUAAAACAACUCCAGCAAAAACUGCAAGAACAAGCAAUCUAUAGAGAUUCAGAUCUUAAUAAUGGCUCGCCCCAAAUAAAAGAGAAGAAAAAGAAAUAAUAACGCAUUUUCGUUUUGCUAUUGAUUUUCAUCAUUUAACUAUACACAAAAAACACUUUGGCAAUUGCCAAUGUCUAUGAUAAAAUACUCCAAUUGCCACAACACAAAACACCACACACACAACUCGCACACCAAUGCAUCACUCACAUGGAGGGGGACUAGAUGAUGACUAGAUGACGAUGAGCAAGGGAUUGGGGGAGGGGGGAUUAGAGACUAACUAAAAAAACACUCGCGCUUUGCGGCUGUGCCGUGCGGCGCCCAAAACAGUCUGCCAAUAAUACAGAAUUUAUGUACAUUUAUUAAGCUACAUAAAACAUGAUAAUGACUUUUUGUAAUCGCAAGUUGUUAAGGGUCUUUGGAUCCUAUACACAAAACGCUCGUUCAACAGAGUACUAAAAAGAUCGAAAAAACAUUUACAGCCCAAUUAUUUGGCCUUAUUACAUGAAAUUUAACCCACGUCGGGCAUAUAAUCUAAUAUAUAGCAUAUUAACUAUAUAUCGCAUAAUGAUUGCAGGCACUUUUGCUCAGAGCUUAACCCUGACAGUCAAGUGCUAACCCCUAGUUUUCACAUAAAUUGUUAAUUGAAGUCUUAAAGAAGCCGCUAGCGCUCCUAACAUUACCUUUGUUCUAUUAUUUGGCAAUGGACUCUGCUGAACGGCAUUUUGUGCUGUACCCCGUAUACACUGCUUAUUCACAUCAAGAAUACUUAUUAUUUAAAAAAAAAAAAAAAAACAAAAGAAACUUACAUCAUUACCUAUGCUAUCAUUAUAAAUGAUAAAAAUAAAUUAUUAAAACACUUUCUCUA